GGCAACUGCAUUUUUCUCUUCCUACUGUAUUCCAAAAUUUAAAACCCAAAAAUGGACUACGCCAGGCUUGGAAAACCCAAGCCUAAAGAUCUCUCACGCCGAGAAAUACUGCCAAAAUUUGAAGAGAAUGCGCCAAAUCAAAGGUCCAAACUCAAAAUUGUACUCAUUUUCUCUAGCAUUCUUAUAAUUGCUUCUGCAAUUUCUGCAGCAGUUGUGGUAACUGUGCGGAGUACUACUAAAACGGGUGCCACAGUGCGUCAUAUAAAGCCCAGUCAGGCAAUUUCACGAACAUGUAGUCGAACUCGCUUUCCAACGCUCUGUUUAAACUCUUUACAUGAAUUCCCCGGUGCACUCACCGCUUCCGACGCCGAACUCGUCCACAUUUCCGUCAAUGCGACGCUUCAGCGUUUUGGCAGGGCGUUUUACAGGGCGUCCGAUUUUAACAGCCUUGUCAUGGAUAAGCGUACAAGGUCCGCUUACGAAAGUUGCCUUGAGCUGUUAGAAGAUUCUGUUUACCUUCUAUCCCGAUCCUUAACCUCCGUUGCUCCCGGCGCUGGAAAAUCACCACCGGGAAACAAUAACGACGUGCAGACGUGGCUGAGCGCUGCGCUCACCAACCAGGACACGUGUACGGAAGGUUUCGCUGAUGUUAGCGGGAACGUGAAGGAUCAGAUGGCGACAAAUUUGAAGGAUUUGUCUCAAUUGGUGAGCAAUUGCUUAGCCAUUUUCGCUGCCGUGAACGGAAACGAUGAUUUCGCCGGAGUUCCGAUUCACAACCGUCGGCGGAGGUUAAUGGGUACUGUUGCGUCGGCGAAAAAAGAGAAUUUCCCGAAAUGGCUGUCACGGAAGGAUCGAAAGUUACUGGAUGCGCCAGUUUCGACAAUUCAAGCAGAUAUGAUCGUUUCAAAAGACGGUAACGGAACGUUCAAGACAAUUGCAGAGGCAAUUAAGAAGCUCCCUGAUUACAGUUCUCGCAGAAUAAUAAUUUACGUCAAGGCAGGAAGGUAUGAAGAAGAUAUCCUGAAAGUAGGGAGGAAAAAGACGAACGUAAUGUUCAUAGGUGACGGCAAAGGCCAGACGAUGAUAUCAGGUGGCAAAAGUGUAUCACAGAAUCUGACGACAUUCCAUACCGCGUCUUUCGCGGCAACUGGAGCUGGAUUCAUUGCAAGAGACAUUACAUUUCAGAACUGGGCUGGACCAGGCAAGCAUCAAGCGGUAGCUCUUCGUAUUGGUGCUGAUCAUGCUGUGAUCUAUCGAUGCAACAUCAUCGGAUACCAAGACACUCUGUACGUGCACUCCCAGCGCCAAUUCUAUCGUGAGUGUGAUAUCUACGGGACAGUUGAUUUCAUCUUCGGUAAUGCAGCAGUGGUCAUCCAAAACUGCAGCAUUUAUGCUCGAAAGCCAAUGGACUUUCAAAAGAACACCAUCACAGCUCAAAACAGGAAAGAUCCCAAUCAAAACACUGGAAUUUCAAUCCAUGCUUGCAAAAUCAUAGCCACAUCUGACCUCCAGGCAUCUAAAGGGAGCUUCCCCACGUAUCUAGGCCGACCAUGGAAGCUGUACUCACGAACUGUUGUCAUGUUAUCUUACUUGGGUGAUCACAUACACCCGCAUGGUUGGUUAGAGUGGAAUGCUACUUUUGCUCUUGAUACAUUGUAUUAUGGUGAGUAUAUGAACUAUGGACCGGGAGCAGCCGUGGGGCAACGGGUAAAAUGGCCGGGAUAUCGUGUGAUCAAUUCCACGGAUGAGGCCAGCAAGUACACUGUAGCGCAGUUCAUUUUUGGAUCAUCGUGGUUGCCUUCAACUGGGGUGGCAUUCUUGGCAGGUUUGAGUACCUGAAUAAGUUAAUGGUAUAAAUGAACAUAUUUUCAAGAUGGAAUUUUAUGUUUUGUGCAGUAAUAUAUGAUGAAUAACAUGGUAUGUCCCAUUAAUGGUAUUUCCAUAAUUAGGUGAAUUUGCUCCAUUAUUGGUCAUCUGACCGAAGAAACAUUCCAGAUUACAGCUUUCAUUGUUUAUUAAGUGCAUGUAAUUUGUUUUUCUUUUUU